GGUACCACGGCAGCAGCAGGCCACAGCGCCCAACACGCAUGUUCAGUGGAGAGUCAAUGGAAGGAGCCCUCAGAUGACGGACGCAAACGUCUGGGCAUGACAGCCGCUGUCACCGAGAGUGACAGAUUUUGCACUCUGACGCCGCACCUCGACUAGACCCGAGUGAAGCCCGCCAAAGAAGUGACACGGAGCAAAUCAGAACUAUGCCAGAGAUGGAAAAAGGGAGACCACCGGAAAAUAAACGCAGUAGGAAACCUGCGCACCCCGUCAAGAGAGAGAUCAACCAAGAGAUGAAGACGUUUGCAGAGAGCACCAUGAAUGAGCUCCUAGGCUGGUACGGCUAUGACAAGGUGGAGCUCAGGGACAACGAGGCAACCGAGAUACGGAACUACCCCAACCGAGAGAGACGCCAGCAGCAUGUCUCCGUCCUUAAAGAAAACUCAGUGCCGAAGCCCAAGAGCUUGAACAGCAAAGUCAGCCCCUCUGCACUGGCCAUGAGGAGUGGAGAGAGAGAAUCAUCCAGCGUCCCCACUUCCUCUUCCUUCCCCAGCUCCUCCUCUUUGACCAGCCCUAAGGAGCAUAAGAGUGCUCCUGUAAUUGUCCCCCUUAUAAAGCCAUCUGCAGUGGAAGAUGUGCAGAAUGUGCAGAUAGUGUGUGUAUGGUGUCAGAAGGAGGGGGUGAAGCGCUACUCUCUCUGUAUGGGCACCGAGCUGAAGAGCUUCUGUAGUGAGAAGUGCUUCGCCGCCUGCCGACGGGCCUACUUCAAACGCAACAAGGCCCGGGAUGAAGAUCUCAAUGGAGGUGAGCAAUCCCCCCAACACACCCAUGCCGACGACUCACCCCGACUGGUGAUGAAGAUGAACAGCAGUGGGGCCAGAUCACUCUCGCCUGUACCUCAGGUGUGCGACUGGUGCAAACACGUCCGCCACACCAAAGAGUACCUGGACUUCGGCGCAGGCGCAGAACGGCUCCAGUUCUGCAGUAGUAAGUGCUUGAACCAGUACAAGAUGGACGUGUUCUACAGAGAGGCCAGGGCAGCUCUCAUCAGCUCCAGCCCAGGCCCAGGAAGACCCACCCAGGAUGGGAGAACUGAGUCCAACGGAGGGGGUCAGAACCAGAAACUCCUAACCCCCGAAUCGUGGAACAAUGGCGCGGCGGUCGUUCGGGGGAGGACCAGGUCACCCAAAGGGCCCAUGCCAAGGACUGUGUCACCAUCUGAGGCGUCGUCCUCGUCCUCCAAGGCCCCCGUCUCUGGGCUGAGACACCUGGAGAGGCAUGUCCUGCCACCGUUGCCACCCCCAGAGGUGGCAAACCACCACUCCGUCCCCCCUCCUCGCCCCCCCAUGGAGCACCACCAACACCACCAAGCAAUUCCUCAGAUCCCACUGCCCUUCAUACGGCCCCCCCUCCACGCCCAAGGCCUGACGAGCCCCAUCGCCAAUCCCCACAGGUGCCACCCUGGCCCCCCUUCCAGCCCCAUCAACCGGUCCACCCCUCACUCCCCCCACCACCCCCACCUCCAGCCCCCCUCGGCCUCCUCCAUGAACCCACCUAGAAUGCACCCAUACCCGGGGGCCUACUUCCCUGGCCUGCACUCCCCCCCAAUGAUGGGGCCCCGUGGCCCUGUGCCCAUGCCCUCUAUGAUGAACUUCGGGAGAUGGCCGUCCCUAGGCCCCUUCUUCCCUCAGCCCAUGGUCCUGGUUCCCUACCCCAUUAUUGUACCCAUCCCCGUCCCCAUCCCCAUUCCUAUCCCCAUACCCAUGCCCCCUAAGGCUUCCCCCUCAGACCCCCUAGGGACCUCCCCCAGUGGGGUUAUCCAGCCAGUGCCAGAUGGGAUGGAGAGGAGGUGCUCCAGUGGUGUCAAACUGCCCUCUCCAGGGAGCUCUGUGCAAAGCAGAUUAAGUAGAACCACCAACCAGGGUCUCCCGUCGCCCUCCGACCACCCCAAAAGGGAUAUCACAGAUUGGGUUAAAUCGGAGAGGCAGGCUCCGUCGCCCAUGUCGACCCCCCACAGUGCAGCUUCCUCCCCCAGGGCUUGCUACGAUGCUUCUCCUUCUUCCACCUCAGUGAUUGAGGCACUGAUAGACUUUAAGCUGGGCCAGCAGCAGCAGCCAGAGAGACAGCUCAUUCAUAGAGUGCUCCAGAGGACCCCAGUCAAGCUGGAGCUCAACCUCCAUGGAAUGGUGGACCUGUCGGGUAAACGGGAGUCCAGAGCGGGGCAAAGCACCAGGGUAUUGGAUACCAGAGUGGACCACCACAACCACCACCAUGACAUUAUCAAACCCACCCCUCCACCAUCCCAGUCCCCCCUUCACCUUCACGACAUUUCCUUCCCCCAGAGCCCAAACACACAACCCCCGCACACUCCACCAACGACCAGAGGGGGAUGCCGCAGCCCUCCCUGUGAUGCCGCCACCUCCUCCCCCCCGAUGUCCCCAGAUAUCCCUAACCGAACGACUACGUCAUCAUCCCCCGACCUUGCUCCCAGCCCAGACUCCUCCCAGUCCCAGAGAGAGGCCCCGCUCCUUGGCCCUGACUCUGUCCUCAGCGAGCUGGAGGCAGUCAAAGAGAACAGCUGCUCCAAUGGCCAGGUCCAGGGGAGGGACCAGGGCCAGUUCCCUCCCCUCCCCACUAGCCAAUCAGAGGAGCCCUCGCCCAGUGGCGACCCUAAGGACCCCCACAUCCUCGAUGAGGACCACGCCUAUGCCCUGCCCACCCCCACCCCUACCCCUACCAGGACGGGCAGUUUCCCAGCUACCACCCACACCACACUCCUUCUGCCCAAGCUCAGGGACAAGGGCGCCCUCUGGAGCCCACCAAGUGUGGCUGGACCUGGGGACAUGGAGCCUGCUCAGAAGAGACGGUGCCUCCGAAUCCGAGAUCAGAACAAGUAGAAGAGGGAGCGGUACCAGAUCCAGUGCCCUGCCCUCUUAUGGACAUCACCAGAACCAACGCCCUCUCUCCAAUCCAUUCCUCAGCCAAUCAGUCAGCC